AUCAAAAUAAUAAUAAUAACUUUCUUUUCAUCAAGCGUCAAAAUCACAUUCGACCAAUUCAACAAUUAUUAAAUGAUUAUCAACAACAACAACCAGCAGAACAACAACAAUCAUCAUCAUCAUCUUUACAACGAUUGUGCCAAAGUGAAAUAAAUCUUAUUAAUAAUGAUAAUAAUAAUGAUUAUCAUUAUAAUUCAUCAUCAAUAGAAUCAUUAUCAAAUCAUAAUAAUAAUAAUAAUAAUACAGGAACAAAUAUCUGUCCAAUUAAUGGUGUAGCAGCUAAAAUUCAUCGUAUUAAAAAUCGUCAAUCACAGUUUAUGAAUAAUAAACAACAAUCAUCAAUAAACAUUGAUAAUGAUAUGGUAAAUGUUCCCAUACGAAAUGAUAUUAAUAAUCGAAAACAAUUAUUAAAACAACAACAACAACGAGAAGAAGAAGAAAUUGUUAAAAAUAUGAAAAUAAAACGUUCAAUAUCAAAUUUUGAUACAAAUUAUUUAAAUAAAUUAAAAUUAAAAAAUACAAAAAUACAAAAUUUUUUAGAUAAUCCAUGGUAUUUAAAACGACCAAUACAAAAUCCAUCAUCAACAACAAAUUUAUUGGAACAAUAUUUAUCAUUUGAAUUUUUAAAUGAACGUAUUCAUAAUCGUUUACAACAAGAAUUAGAAUGUUCACCAAAUAAUACUUUACGUUAUUUUAAUUUUGAAACAUCUAAAUCGGAUAGUGCAACAACAGGUGUGCAUAAUGAUAAUAAUCAAAAUCAAAAAUCAUUGAAAAUCAAAUCACAUCAUCAGGAUCAAUUGAAAAUUGGUAAAAAUUUAUCAUAUAGUGAAAUGAAUUUAACAACAAUUUCAACAAAAAAACUUAAUCAACAACCAAAACAAUCAAAAACUGUUAAUAAACGUAAAAGUUUUCGUAAAUUUUUAGAACAUUAUUUUAAUAAUAAUAAUGGCCAUAAUGAAACAAAUGAACAACAACAACAACAAUUUUCAAAUGGUUAUGAUCAGAAUUUUAUACUAAAACGUUCAACACCAAAUGCAGGCUUAACUGAUGAUGAACGUUAUAAAAUUUUAAAUUGUAAACAUUAUUCUGAACAACAAGAAUCAAAUAUAUUUAAUCGUCAUAGUUUACGACAAUGGAAAAAAACAAAUCAAAUGGUUGCCAAUUUAUUUAAUAUUAAUAAUAAUCAAGAUAAUCAAAAUAGAUUUGAAGAUACUGAUUAUCUUUCUGUUAUUGAUUGA